UGAUGUAGCUUCAUUUUGAACAAGCUGGUAGCGGACGGUCUAAACAGUGAAUCACUAAAUAAAUCACUUAUUUGUCUCACUACUUUUCUCCACAAUACUGCCGCCGAACUUCGGGGUUUUUUUGGGGGGUAAAAAUAGCGUACUGUCUCUUUAAGCUGCCUCGGCUGCUCUGUUUCGUAUUGAUCAAUCCUCCAUUUUCCAACACACAGCGGCGGCAGUGCGAGAGAGAAGAGCGAGCCACCCCUCUACCUGGAGAGGAAGCCAGGGACCGGGGGCAGCCAUGGCAGCGAACAUGUACCGGGUUGGAGAUUAUGUUUAUUUCGAGAACUCGUCCAGUAACCCACUGCUGAUCAGGAGGAUAGAGGAGUUGAACAAGACAGCCAAUGGGAACGUGGAGGCCAAAGUGGUGUGUUUUUACCGGCGCAGGGACAUCUCCGGCACACUCAUCGCCCUGGCAGACAAACACGCAAGGGAGCUGGAGGAGGAGAUGGAGAAUCCAGAGAUGGCGGACCUCCCCGAGAAACAGAAACACCAGCUCAGACACAGAGAGCUUUUCUUGUCCCGUCAACUGGAGUCUUUACCCGCCACACACAUCAGGGGGAAGUGCUGUGUGACUUUGCUGAACGAGACAGAAGCCCUGAAGUCUUACCUGGAAAGAGAGGAUGCCUUUUUCUACUCGCUGGUAUACGACCCUCAGCAAAAGACUCUGCUGGCUGAUAAGGGGGAGAUCCGCGUGGGGAACAAGUACCAGGCCGACAUCACCGACCUCCUGAAAGAAGACGAGGAGGACGGCAGAGACUUGGAGAAACUAGAGGAGAAGAUCUUUGACCCCAACAGCUCGCUGACAGAGAAACAGAUCGACCAGUUCUUAGUGGUUGCUCGAUCAGUAGGUACAUUCGCCAGAGCCUUGGACUGCAGUAGUUCUGUCCGACAGCCCAGCCUGCACAUGAGUGCUGCUGCAGCCUCCAGAGACAUCACCUUGUUUCACGCUAUGGACACCCUCCAUGCCACGGGCUACGACAUGACCCGAGCCAUCGCAGCGCUGGUACCUCAGGGUGGGCCCGUCCUCUGCAGGGACGAAAUGGAGGAGUGGAGUUCCUCGGAGGCCAACCUGUUCGAGGAGGCACUCGAGAAAUACGGCAAAGACUUCACCGACAUCCAGCAGGAUUUUCUGCCAUGGAAGUCCCUGACAAGUAUUAUUGAGUAUUACUACAUGUGGAAGACCACAGACAGAUAUGUACAACAGAAACGAUUAAAAGCAGCCGAGGCAGAAAGCAAGUUGAAGCAGGUCUACAUCCCGAACUAUAACAAGCCAAACCCCAACCAGCUGAGUAACAACGUAAAGCCAGCUCUGGUGAAUGGAGCGGCGAUUGCAGGCGUCACAGGGGUACCAGCGGUCCAAGGGGUGCCAGGGGUGCCAGGGGUGCCAGCAGUCCAAGGGGUCCCAGGGAUUCCAGGGAUUCCAGGGAUUCCAGGGAUUCCAGGGGUUCCAGGGGUCCCAGGGGUCCCAGGACCUCCAGGCUCGGCGCAGACCCCUGCCCUCGGAAGAGCCUGCGAAAGCUGCUACACCAGCAGCUCCUACCAGUGGUACUCAUGGGGACCUCCCAACAUGCAGUGUCGCCUGUGCGCUUCAUGCUGGACCUACUGGAAGAAGUACGGAGGGCUGAAGAUGCCCACAAGACUGGAUGGAGAGAGGCCUGGACCCAACCGCAGCAGCAUGAGCCCCCACGGUCUGCCCCUGAGGCACAGCGGCAGCCCCAAAUUCGCAGUGAAGACAAAACAGGCUUUCUUCCUGCAGACCACCGGACUGACCUAUAUGGCGCGGCGCCUCUGCCAUGACAUCAUCAGGCCACGGUUUCUAGCCAGGCACCCCUACCUCCCCGUCAACACAGCCGCCAUAAAGGCAGAGUGUGCCCUGCGGUUGCCAGAUGGGCAAAAAAAGCCUUCGCCACUGAAACCUAUGGAGCGUAAACCUCUGGAGUCCGUGGUUCGGUAUUUAGAAGCACACCCCCGUCCAGCCAAACCCGACCCUCCGCCUCGUGGAGCGUCCAUCUCCACAGGCAGCCUGACGCCCAUUAAGGCCUCCCCCAUCCUGAACAACGGCUCACCCACCAUCCUGGGAAAACGCAGCUACGAACAGCACAACGGACUGGAUGGCUCUAAAUCCAAAAUCCUGGCUCCUCAGUGGGACAUCAUGGCCAAACGUCUGAGCGAAGCCAGUCGGCCCUCGGUCUCCCUGCAGGACGAGGUUCACGAACUAGACUGAGCGCUCUGUGGGAACGACCUCUACUACAAAAACCCAAGUGAGCAGAGGGUGACAUGAAAUGGAAAGGCACUUUCCAAAACAAACCAUAGCCGAGGGCAGCUGAGGAGA